AUGCAGAGAGACGCAGAAGCGUGUAGGCAAUUCGCGAUAAUGAUGAGGAUGGAAAUCAAGCCGAGUCCGGUUAGCUUUGUGAACGUUUUCCCCGCGGUUUCGACUUCGAGAAGCAUUAAGAAAGCUAACGUUUUUUAUGGUUUGAUGCUUAAACUGGGGGAUGAGUAUGUGAAGGACUUGUUUGUGGUGAGUUCGGCUAUAUCUAUGUAUGCGGAGCUUGGCGAUAUUGAAUCAUCACGGAGAGUUUUUGAUUCCUGUGUCGAGAGAAACAUCGAGGUGUGGAAUACAAUGAUAGGUGUCUAUGUUCAGAACGAUUUCUCGGUCGAAAGCAUCGAUCUUUUUCUUGAAGCAAUAGGAUCAGAAGAGAUUGUGUGUGACGAAGUAACGUUCCUCUUGGCAGCGAGUGCUGUUUCAGCUUUGCAGCAAGUGGAUUUAGGCAGGCAGUUUCAUGGUUUUGUGAGCAAGAACUUUAGAGAGCUACCGGUUGUGAUAUUGAACUCGUUGAUGGUGAUGUACUCGAGGUGUGGCUCUGUGCACGAGUCUUUUGGAGUCUUUGGUUCAAUGAAAGAGAGAGAUGUUGUAUCAUGGAACACUAUGAUCUCUGCGUUUGUCCAAAACGGCUUUGACGAUGAAGGGUUGAUGCUGGUGUACGAGAUGCAGAGGCAAGGGUUUAAGAUUGAUUACAUAACUGUGACUGCUUUGCUUUCGGCUGCAUCAAAUCUUAGAAACAAGGAGAUUGGGAAGCAGACUCAUGGUUUCCUUCUCAGGCAAGGGAUUCAGUUUGAAGGGAUGAACAGCUACCUUAUCGACAUUUUAUUGUUCUACUCUCCAUUAGCUACGUCUGGACUCUGGAUCCGAUCCUUGAGAAAGCUACACUAGACAUAAGACAGAAGAUGGAGGUUUUACACCAUUCUUUGCCACACAUUGUACAGUUGGGUCUUUGGAUCCAAUAUUACAAGCCGAUCAUGAAGAAGGCAGAAGAGAAACUGAGAAAAAAAAAAGAGAUGUAGAUAAAGAAAUCAACACCAUUGUUAGUUUCAUUUCUCUCAUCUUCAUCACUCUACUAUACUUACUCUUGUAAACCGAAAUAUCAAUACAACAAUAACACUCAAGUCUCUCUAUAAGUUGACACAUCAGAUUUUUUAAUCUUUGAGAAGCUGAC